GAAAACCUACGAUUAGCUUUUGGCGCCUGCUAGUACUGCUUCUGCACAAUACAUAAAGAGAAGGUUGUGACCGCGUGGUGGAGGCAUCUUUCGAGCAGUUCUUGGUUUUAAGGGCAAGCUAACGAUAGCUUUUCUUUUGCAAGGACGGUGAAGCAGGCAACGCAGCUUGCACAAAAAUGAAUAAUAUGGCGAAGAAGCAAAAUACUAAGGGGAAAAAGGAUGCCCAGGACCCGCAGGAAGAGCCUGAGGAAUUCGUGGUGGAGAAAGUACUCGACCAACGCCUUGUAAACGGGAAAGUUGAGUUCUUUCUGAAGUGGAAAGGAUUUACAGAGGCCGACAAUACCUGGGAGCCAGAGGAGAACCUCGAUUGUCCAGAGCUGAUUUCAGCUUUCCUGGAAGCACAGAAGAAUGUCAAAGAGAAGCCUGCUCCUGUCAAGCGGAAGUUAUCAACAGAAGAGCCAGAGUCAGAAGCCAAAAAGAAAGAUGUGCCUGAGAAACCACGUGGAUUUGCCAGAAACCUUGACCCAGAACGGAUCAUUGGCGCAACAGACAGUAGCGGGGAGUUGAUGUUCUUGAUGAAAUGGAAAGACUCAGAUGAAGCCGAUCUGGUCCCGGCCCGUGAGGCCAACACUCGCUGCCCUCAGGUGGUAAUUUCCUUUUACGAGGAGAGGCUGACAUGGCACUCCUGUCCAGAGGAUGAGGCUCAGUAGUGCUGUCGUCUGAUCCCUUUGCACCACUCGCACCCUUUUCCUCAGGACUGAAUGUUCUCCUCUGGCUUGCCUUUUAGUUUUAGCUAUGUUAGUUUUCUUCCGAAGAUAUUUCGGCCCUCGCAUUGUAUGGCUGUUGAGGAGAAAUAUGUUGUUGUAAAUAAUAGCUGAACUGUUUGAAAGAGCUCAGGGUUUGGUGGCAUAAGGACAAAAGUCUUCCGGUAUAUCAUAUGAUGAUUUAAUGCGAUGGCCGUUUGGAAACUAUAUUCUUUGAUUGAACCCACCACUGCCCAUAUUCAUACCUGAUGACAGUUUGUAAAUUCUAAAUUGUUACUUUGGUCUGUUAAGGUUUCAGGUCGGUCAAGGUACCACCUGCUCUAUAACCAUCGAAAAAAUAUCGUAGAAUCUGGUUCUUUCACAAUAGUCUUAACGUUUUGUUCUACAGUGCAUUUUGUAUACUGUCUCUAAAUAUUAUUUUGAAGUUCAAAUAAAGUUUUAUGUGAA